AUGGCAGGCGCACGACCGACGGCUUCCCGGAAAGGGAAACAGACUCCGCCCUUCCCAGUCAGGCAAAUGACGAUUCUCGCCUUGUGUCGCAUCUGCGAACCCAUCGCCUUCAUGUCCAUCUUCCCAUACGUUUAUUUCAUGAUUCAGGACUUCGCAGUCACCACGAACGAUGCCGAGACGGCAGUAUACGCAGGCAUGGUCACGUCCGCCUUCGCCUUCGCAGAGUUCUCGUCUGGUGUUCCUUGGGGCAAGCUGAGCGACCGCAUUGGGCGCAAGCCGGUGCUCCUGACGGGGCUGGCGGGCACGGCGCUCAGCAUGUUGAUCUUCGGCUUCGCACCAAGUCUGCCCGUCGCGCUACUCGCCCGCGCCCUAGGCGGCCUUCUAAACGGGUACGUGGAUUCCUGGUCCCCGUUCCUUUUUGCAGGAAAUGUCGUACAAAGUUGCCCUUCUGACGGGAGCCUGCGUUGUAGGAACAUUGGCGUCUUGCAGACCACAGUCGCCGAGAUGGUCACGGUCAAGGAACACCAGCCUCGGGCGUAUACUAUUAUGCCAUUUGUGUGGUGUCUCGGAUCGAUCCUCGGCCCAACGCUCGGCGGCGCAUUGGCCCGACCAGUCAAGAACUAUCCUUCCAUCUUCUCCCCGGGAACGAUCUGGGCGCGUUUCCCCUACCUGCUACCUAACCUGGUCUGCACUGUCAUUGUGACUUGCGGCGUAAUCAUCGGCAUCCUCUUUCUCGAGGAGACGCACGCCGAGAAGAAAUACCGUCGCGAUCCGGGUUUGGAGGCUGGCCAGUGGAUUUUGAGAAAGGUGACAGGGUGCGCAGAUUCGAAGAGGGCCACGCGGUGCGAGAAGGUUACGGAUCUCGAUGAGCUGACGUCGCUGCUGAGCGACGACGAUCAGCCCCCGGGAUACCGCACCACCGAGGGAUCGCCGAAGCUGCCAUCGACUCCAUCGCCCGAACCCGAACUGUUGGAUCUGAAUACGCCGGUCGCGGUCCGGCCUCUCUCGAGGUCGCUCAAGCCAGCAACGACCAAGGCUUUCACGAGACAGGUCGUUCUCAAUAUCAUCGGCUACGGCAUCCUGGCUUACCACACCAUGACUUUCGAUGCCAUGCUGCCCACGAUGCUCAGUACAGAAUCACCUCCGAAGGGAUCGGAUGACUGGCAUCUUCCAUUCAAGUUUGUCAGUGGCUAUGGACUCGAAACGAAAGAAAUCGGAGUCAUCCUCUCCGUGCAAGGCCUUUACUCGAUGAUCGCCACCGUCUUCUUCUUUCCCAUCAUGGUGCGCCGCCUGGGUGCCCUGGGGCUCUUCCGAAUCAUCGCCAUCACCUACCCCAUCCUCUACAUUGUGACUCCUUACCUGGUGCUGCUGCCGGAUAACCUGCGCAUGGUCGGCAUCUACGUAGUCGUGAUCUGGAAGUGCACCUUCAGCACCAUGGCCUACCCCAGCAACGCCAUCCUCCUUACCAACUCGGCGCCGUCUCUCCUCAUGCUCGGCACUAUCAACGGCGUCGCUGCAUCGACUGCCUCGCUAUCUCGCGCUUUCGGCCCAACUGUAUCCGGCUUCCUCUUCUCCGCGGGUCUCAAGCUGGGAUACUCGGGCCUUGCAUGGUGGUGCAGCGCCGUUAUCGCUGUCCUCGGGGCCGUCAUCUCUCUCCGCAUGACCGACAAGGGAGGCCGCAUGGACAACAAUGAGAAGGGCGUUGAGGAAGAGGAAGCGCAGCUCGAACUCGGCCUCGAAGAGCAGAUCCUCGCCCUUGACUCGGCGCUCACAUCAGCCGAGUCACGAUCUGACUCGCAACUGAACGAAUAUCAAGAAACAGAAAUUACCCCCCUUAUCAGCAACUACUUCGGAUCUUUCGGCGCAGACUUCGGAAAUUCGAUCGGGAAGAGAGGAGUUAUACAAGAUGGGAUGCCCAGAGAAAAAUUCCAGCACAGACGCAGCUUUGCAGAUCUGGUUUGGGACGGAGUUUUUGCUUUUGAUCACUCUUAUCUAUGUUCCCCUUACUCCACAUGCCCUCCGCCUCUGGGGACGAGUAUAAUGCACGGGAACAUCAAUCAGACCGGGGCUUCACAGACGAGGAAAAGAGGAUGGGAAGGCAAGGGACAAGGAUACGGGGACAAGCAUUUCUAA